CCGGAGCGGCUCCGCUUCAGGCUGCGCGUCGGAGGCGAGUCCAGCAGGAGCAGCCGCCGCCGCCGCCGCCGCCGCCUGAGCCGGGCCAGGAAGCCCCCCCCCCCCUCCGUCCGUCCGUCCGUCCGUCCGUCCCUCCCUCGCAGGGGCGGUUGGGGCGGCGCGGCUGGGCGUGGGUCCGUUGCCGUCAUGGGCCCCCCCGCGGCCGCCCGGCCCUGCCCGGCAGAAGAGCGCUGAGGGCGGCGGGGAGGAGGGGGCUGCGGCGGCUGCGGCGGCGGGCGAUGGGGCGCCUCCAGGGGGCGCUGCGAGGGGGGGUCCUGGCCCCCCGGGACUAACCGCGCGCCCCCAACAACCCGCCGCCCGUCUCCAGCAGCAGCGGCACCAGCCCCGGCCGGGCGGGGCCCUUCAAGGCCAGCCUCUCCGUCGGUUGGGGGUGGGGGCUGAGAUGGGCUGAGGCGGGGGGGGGAGGGGGCGUCUGGGGCGUCCUUGCGGGGCGCAGUUGGGGGCCCCCCCGGCCGACGGGGUCAAGAUGGCCGACCUGGAGGCGGUCCUGGCCGAUGUGAGUUACCUGAUGGCCAUGGAGAAGAGCAAGAGCUCACCUGCCGCCCGCGCCAGCAAGAAGAUCGUCCUGCCCGAGCCCAGUAUCCGCAGCGUCAUGCAAAAGUAUCUGGAGGAAAGAGGAGAAUUAGCCUUUGACAAGAUCUUCAAUCAGAAGAUUGGUUUCCUGCUGUUCAAAGACUUUUGCCUGAAUGACGUGGAAGAGGGAGUCCCGCAGCUGAAGUUUUAUGAAGAGAUCAAAGAGUACGAGAAGCUGGACUCGGAGGAGGACCGCCCAGCCCGGAGCCGGCAGAUCUACUUCACACGUCCUGCCAUGAAGGAGCUGGGUUGUCUUGCCUCACACCCCUUCUCGAAGCAAGCUGUUGAUCACGUGCAGUCCCACCUGGCCAAGAAGCAAGUCCCACUCAACCUCUUUCAGCCCUACAUAGAAGAAAUCUGUGACAGCCUCCGAGGAACAACCUUCCAGGCAUUUCUGGAGAGCGAGAAGUUUACUCGGUUUUGUCAGUGGAAGAACGUGGAACUGAAUAUUCAUUUGACCAUGAAUGACUUCAGCGUGCACCGCAUCAUCGGCCGCGGAGGCUUUGGGGAAGUUUACGGCUGCCGAAAAGCAGACACAGGGAAAAUGUAUGCGAUGAAGUGUUUAGACAAGAAGAGGAUAAAGAUGAAGCAAGGAGAAACGCUGGCCUUGAAUGAAAGGAUCAUGCUGUCUCUGGUCAGCACCGGCGACUGUCCUUUCAUCGUCUGCAUGACUUACGCUUUCCAUACCCCGGACAAGCUGUGCUUCAUUCUGGACUUGAUGAAUGGGGGUGACCUGCACUACCACCUCUCCCAGCACGGGGUGUUUUCGGAGAAGGAGAUGCGCUUUUAUGCCACUGAGAUCAUCCUCGGCCUGGAGCACAUGCACAGCCGCUUCGUGGUCUAUAGAGACUUGAAGCCGGCAAAUAUCCUCCUGGAUGAACACGGCCACGUCAGGAUAUCGGACCUGGGCCUGGCUUGUGAUUUCUCCAAGAAGAAGCCCCACGCCAGCGUGGGCACCCAUGGGUACAUGGCCCCUGAGGUGCUGCAGAAGGGGACGGCAUAUGACAGCAGUGCCGACUGGUUCUCCUUGGGCUGCAUGCUGUUCAAGCUCCUCCGAGGGCACAGCCCUUUCAGGCAACACAAAACCAAAGACAAGCACGAGAUUGACCGCAUGACGCUGACCGUGAAUGUGGAACUGCCGGACUCGUUCUCCCCCGAGCUGAAGUCCCUCCUGGAAGGGCUCCUGCAGCGAGACGUCAGCAAGAGGCUGGGCUGCCAGGCGGGCAGUGCACAAGAAGUGAAGGAGCAUCUUUUCUUCAAAGGGAUUGAUUGGCAACACGUCUAUCUGCAGAAGUACGCCCCGCCCUUGAUUCCGCCCCGAGGUGAAGUGAACGCUGCUGACGCUUUUGACAUUGGCUCCUUUGACGAAGAAGACACGAAAGGCAUCAAGUUGCUGGACAGUGACCAAGAGCUGUACAAGAACUUCCCCCUGGUCAUCUCAGAGCGGUGGCAGCAGGAAGUGGCUGAGACGGUGUUUGAGGCUGUGAAUGCCGACACGGACAAGAUCGAAGCCCGGAAGCGAGCCAAGAACAAGCAGCUGGGGCACGAGGAAGAUUACGCUCUGGGGAAGGACUGCAUCCUGCACGGCUACAUGCUGAAGCUGGGGAACCCCUUCUUGACCCAGUGGCAGCGGCGCUAUUUUUACCUCUUCCCAAACCGCCUCGAGUGGCGAGGAGAAGGAGAGUCGCGGCAAAACCUGCUGACGAUGGAGCAGAUCGUCUCUGUGGAAGAGGCGCACAUCAAGGACAAGAAGUGCAUCUUGCUCCGGAUUAAAGGAGGGAAGCAGUUUGUGCUGCAGUGCGAGAGUGACCCUGAGCUUGUCCAGUGGAAGAAGGAACUGACCGAUGCCUUCAUGGAGGCCCAGAGGCUGUUGCGGCGAGCACCAAAGUUCCUGAACAAAUCUCGUUCCACGGUAGUGGAGAUCUCUAAGCCGCCCCUGAGCCACAGAAACAGCAACGGCCUUUAGGACCCCGAUGGAAAAGAAGAUGGCACGGACAGUGUUGGUCUCUCCCAGUUCCUUCUGCAGCCUCUGAAGCUGGGCGCCCAACGGCCGUCAGAAGCGCUGGCACUUUCGUGCACAGGGUGAUGCUGGGAACUCUCUUCCAGGGGUCCGGGAGGCUGACGUGGUGGCCAGAGAAAGGACGAGUGGGGGGGGGGGGUUGCGUGCCCUGUGGCCAUGUGGCUCAGUGGGCUAAAACUUGCUAAAACUCCUGGAAGGGGUGGAAGGGGUUGUUGUUCCACAAUUCACCUGCCCAGGUGCACACUCUCAGUCCUGCCCGUGGAAAUGAUGACCACCCGUUCCCAGAUGACGUCGCUGUGCCUAGAAGGCAGGUGGGCCCUCGCGCCUGUGGCCGGAGAAGAGCUUUUCAAGGCUGCUGUGUCCACCCACCUCGGGGGGAGGGGGUCUUUCCCAAACCCUUGUCCAUUCCUGCUGGCCCUCCCCCCUCUCUUCAUGCUGUCCCACUUUGUCGAUAAACUGUCAGUGUCUGUGGUUUGAAACCAUCGCUGCUGCUGCUGCUGCCGUUGCUGCUUUGUGGAGAAAAUGUCACCUUUUGAGUGGUUUGUUGUACUUUGCUGCUGGCCUCGGCCCGUCUGUUUGCUUCCCCCCCCCCACCCCACCCCAACACAGCAGAGAAAGGACCCAGAGGGCGGGGGCUGUGUCUUCUCACUCAGCCCCUCCAGGUUUUGUGGGAGUUUCCCCUUUUUAAAAAGGAGAGGCUGGCAGCGAAUUCAGAGUGAGUUUGUUUUCCCUUUCCAGUCCUGCAACUCUUUGAAAGCAGCCAGUGUCUGGUGGGUGACUUGGCUCAACUAGCUGGCAGCCUGAAAGGAUGUCUCCCUGGAGUCGCUGCCCCCCCCCCACCGCCCCAGCCCCACGGUUAUCUGUGUUGAGCCUUUCUGGGGAGUAAUCUGGAAGGGGGACACCACCGACCAUUUGUGGGAUCCUGCAAGAAGAAUUGGCUCUCUUCCUUUUUUGUGCAGAAACCUUUCAGCCCCUUUUCACCAACCGGAUGUUGAUGGGGAACCUCUUUUCUGCAGGAUAUGAUGAUUCCCUCUCUCUCUCUCUCUGAGACUGAGACUUACAUGUUGGGUGUCUGUGAAGUCCGAGCAUGGUGCACCUUUUUCUUGGUCGUUCCUUCCCUGAUUCUGUGGCCCAGAGAGUUUGAAAAUGGUGCCCUUUCAAACUAAGCAAGCGAAGGUCCUCCAGGCCCAGAGUUGCGAUCAGAAUGUCCUGCCCUGGCUUGUCUGGUCUUGGGAGAGGGUGGAUGUUCAUGGGUCAGAAUGGCGGGGGCGGGGGUGUGUGUGUGUCUGGAGCAGUGUCGGCACAGGGAACUUCUGGUCCCACCCUCCUUUGUGUUGGACAAAACUUUAAUUUUGUAUUGACCUCCUGAGUUUGGCAAAUGGCGCUUAAAGAAACAUUCCGGAUGGUCUUUAUGAAGAUUAUUGAUUUUACGAACAGCCCAGGUUCCACCUUCGGUUGCAGUUUGGCUGAGUUCAGUGUUCUGUGCCCGGGCUUUCUGCACGAUGCCAGAGCUUCAGUGCGCACGUGACACUCCCCUGCUGUCAUGGAGUUCUACUGACAUGUUGGUGUCAAGCACCACAUUGGGGCGCAUGCUCCUGUCCUUGCCUGGGGCUGCUGGGGAUGUAGAGGUGAAUUCAGACACACCUGAAUGCUGUCCUGCAAGCAUCCAUCAAGGUGACAAAAGGCAUUUUCUGCCUGCAGCCCUUGGACUAGAGUGGUGUUUGCAUCUGGUGUAUGAUUGACAGCAGAACCCCCAGGUGGCCCUUUAAAAACCUAACUCCCGCACUUGCUCUUCUUGGAGGCUCUGCUAGGAAGGCCUGCUGGGCAGGGGCACCCCAAUCCCUCCAGCCUGGGCCAGGCCUCCUCUCAUCCCGGCCGGUUCCUGGCCAUUCCUUGAGGCAACGCUCGGCUGUCCUUGGCUGCCCUGUGCACCCCCUCUGGGCACAAGGGGAGCAGCCCUUUGGGUGUGCCCUUGUUCCUGGCACCCGGGAGUUGGGGUCGUGUAUCUUUUCUGUGUGUCACUUUUUUUUAUGUUUGUGUUGAUUUUAGCUGAGCGUUGUUUUACAAGCCCUCUGCGUUAAUAGCCCCAUUUCUGAAAGUCUGAAGAUCCUGAGUGUGUGUAAUGUUGGCUCCUGUUCUAGUGAGGAGGGAGCUCCAUCUGCAGUUAGAAGUUGCGAAGUGUGGCUUUCCUUAGGGAAUGAACUUUUAUGAAGAAAAUGUUAAUUUGACAAUGAUGCUGGGCCAACACUUGAACGGACUGUACUUUUGUACGCAGUGACCUCAUUUUUUGUAACCGUUGAAGUAAGCUAUGAUUUAAAAUAGUCUGGAUUUAGAUUUCUGUGUUGUUUCAGAGGCAGCUAAAAUACUUGGUAGUAUAGAAAUGUUUGGUUUUUUUGUUUCCACUUUUUGUGAAUUGUCAAUAGGAAGAAAGAAUAAUAUGAAUGUUUAUUAUAUUUAAUUUCAGAUUUGUUACCUUAUAGGAUGCAGUCGCAAUUUAUCUGAGGCUUGUGUUGAAUCUUUUAUCUGUGUCUUGGUUCAACUGCUGUGUGUCUGUCAAAGAAACGGCAUUUUCUCCUGCUCCAGUGGGAAGGGUGUUUGUCCCUUUGUGAUCUGCAGAGCCCUGCGGCUGCUUGAAUUUUGACUCUGUUGAUUUCAGUGGGAUUUGAGUGCUGCUAACUUUUCUCUGGAGCUGGGUGUGUGUGUGGAUGGAUGGGGCGGAGAUGGAUGAUUGUUAAAAGCUAAGAAAAAGAUAACUUGUGCACACAAAGUGUGUCAUGCAAAAAGGUUUUCAGUGGUGUUGCUACUGUAGGUUCUGGGUUGUUUAAAGCCUUCUUGGGCCCACAGAAGAUUGGGGAGGGGAAUUAUACAGCUAGGCAAAAAUAAGAUAAAUUGUGCGCAAGGCCUGGUCGUUCUGUUCACAUUAUGGCGUCCUCUAAGGUACCAUUAAACUGCCUCGUUGAGCAGCAGCAUUUAAGUAGAGACCCAAAAAUGGCACCAACCACCAGGUGAAAUAAGUUUUUUUUUUUAAUUUGGGAAGGUUACUCACCUGCAAUAUUUCUAGGUCAGGAAUCUGAAACCAUCUGAGAGAGCUUGCCAUUUCCUUCAUGUCCCAAAAAGCACAACGUUGCAAAACCUUCAGGUGGUUUAGAAAGUAUGUUGCAAUAAUAAUGAAGAGCAUUUUAAUAUUUUUAUCUGUCUUGUUGCGUGUUCACUGCUUGUGGUGAUUUUAUCACUGGAGGAAGGAACCUUCGGGUUGUCGCUGGCUGCUCUGUGGAGUAUCCUUUGGGCCGGGCUGGACGGCACAAAGUCGGAAGCCCCUGUUCUUGUGUGAGGGGGGAGGGGGUUGCAUGGAUUGUGUGCCUGCCAUUCUCCCCUCUGCCCAAGAACCCCUGAACAUGCACUGAUGGGGAAAGGGUGGCAGAUGUCCCCUCCCACACUCCUGCAAAGGUGAUGAUGGGGGGGGGGAGUGCCCAUAAGCCCAGCCUCUGGCCCCGUCCAUUGUAGCAGCUGAGCAUGCGGACAGACCUCCUUCCUCUGUCUUUAAACUCUACUGCGCAUGCGCAAAGCUUGCAUCAAUUUAAGAUGAGUGUCAUGAAAGCACCACGUUGUGCAUGUGCAAAGUCAUUCCAGAGAAACGUUCUGCAUAUCUUUGUACACGUCUUGCCCUGCAACAGUGAAGGUUUUUGUUUGGAAUUGGCAGCAUCAGAUUUCCGAUUGGCAACGUUUGCAGUGUCCUGUCUGUGAGCAUAACGUUUUCAGUUUUUAUCUGGUGCUAGCAACAGGGAAAUUGUGGCUUGGCACACAGCCUGUGAAGGCUGCGGCACUUAAAUUAGGACUGGGAUGCUGUGUUAACAAAAGAGUUUUGGACAAGGCCUUUCCAAUGGUCCCUUUAGCACCUGGGAAUGGAUGCCUUCCAAAUCUGUAGGUGUGUGAACUGCAGCCUGAAGCUUAUAUUUCCUUCGUUCUACACAAUCUCGACGAAGCAACAUUCCGGAAUAGCGAUCAUUUGGAUCUAUGGCAUACUUCUUGUUCUUAAGAGAGAAAAUAUUUGAACUGUGCUGCUGAAAUUCUUUUGGAUGUUGAUGAAAGGAAGAAGUUGCUGGUCACGUACAUUUUAAAAAACCUUGAAGUGUAUUCACUAUUACAUUUUUAGCAUUGUACAAAGAUGGGGGGAAAUAUAUCUAAAUAUAUUGAAAAAAAUAUGUAUAUUUGAAAGAUCCACUGCAGUUCAUAAGGGUUUUCUUUCUAUUGCUGGUUGCCUGCUGAUAUUAUAUUCCAUGAUGUAAAUAUUAUAUAGUUAGGCACUACUGAAUAUUUGGGUGUAUCAAUACAUUUGUUAUGUUGAUUUUUUUAAAAAAAAUGUGUUAAAAGUAAUAAUCACAGCUUUAUUUUUGUCAUUGUGUCAGGUUACUGCCAUCUCAGAGCCCCAAGAAUUCUAUUUUGACAGAGAUUUGUUAUUUAUUUCAAAUCCACACAUUUAUUCUGUUUAUUUCAUGUUCCUUUUCUUGCAUAUGUGUUAUUUAAGUGGCAGCAAGUCCUUUUCUGGUUGGAACCCAAAAGCGUUAUUCUGGUUUUCAUAAAUUCAUUCCAGUAACAAGCCUGUUGUUCUGUCUCUAUUAAAAGAAACCGAGAGUC